AUGUCAAAUUUACAGACGUUAGAAACAUUUUCGACUUGCGAUAUUUCUGACGGUUUGUUAAAUGUCUAUAAUAUCCCAACGGGAGGCUACUUCCCUAAUCUAACAACAAUUUCUCUACCAUCAAAUAGCUCUAUAGUAGGCGCUGCAUACACAGUACUGUUUGCUCCUAUUGAUGAUCCAAGACCUGCUGUGAACUAUAUAGAUUCUGUACCUCCUAACUCAGUACUUGUCCUCGCACUGGAACCUCAUCUGCAAAGUCAAUUCCACCCAUUUGUUACGAUUACGCAGGCGAUGUACGGAGGGCUGAUGAGUACGAGAGCGCAAUUUUUGAAAUCUAAUGGGACAGUAGUGUUUGGACGGAUAAGAGAUGUGGAUGAACACCGGUCCUUGAAUCACCCCGUUUUUGCUUACGGUGUUGGAUCUUGCGCUCCGAAGGCUGUGGUUAAGGCCGUGGGCACCAACGUACAGUUGAACAUCCUAACAAGUGACGGCGUCACCCAAACUAUAUAUCCUGGUGAUUAUAUCGCAGGUGACAAUAAUGGAAUAGUGCGCAUUCCAGUUCAGGAGGUAGACAUUUCGAAAUUAAUUACUUAUAUUGAAAAGUCAAUUGAAGUGGAUUUACUUGUCUCUGAAGAUAUUAAGAAUGGCGUUCCCGCCAAGCAGGCUCAAAAUGAUCGAAGAUCAGUACUAAAGAAAUACAUUUAA